AUGGAAAAAGAACAAAAGGAAGAAUGUAAAGAUAAUACUGAAAUUCAAGAUAAAGGCGAAACAACAGAAAAAAUAACUUGUUGUGGUGGUAAUAACAACAACAACAACAACAACAAUAACAACAAUAACAAUGAAGAAGAAAAAGAAAGUAGUCAAUGUGAUGAUUGUGGAUUAUGUAAAUACGUACCAGAUAAGAUACCAUUAUAUGGACCAUACUCAAUUAGAGGUUUAGAACCAGGUGAAACCUAUUAUUAUUGUACUUGUGGUUUAACAAAAGGUCAACAACCAUUAUGUGAUCAAAAAUCAUGUAUAGGUACAAAAUUUACACCAACACCAUUUCAAUUAAAAAAGAAACAAACUAUUCAAUUACUUUGUGGUUGUAGAUAUACUGGUAGACCACCAUUUUGUGAUGGAGUUCAUUCAAAAAUACCUUUUAAUCCUCAAAAUCCACCUUGUGUUUGCAAUGAAAAAAAAGAAGAAAUAUGUAAAAAAGCUUCUGAUUGGUAG